AUGUCAACGUGGGAACAGGUACGAAAGGAAGUCCGAGCCUACCGUAGCUCUGCCCAACCUACAAACCUAUUCUGCAUCAAAGAUUUCUGUUUUGACCAAAAAAACAACCGCGUCUACUUUUUGGCAACCGACUCCUCACGCGUAAAGACAUCGACGUUAUACAUGACGGGAAAACCGCAACCAUUGUCGCCGCUGCAACAACCGUUGGAUACCGAAAUUCGCUGCUCGAACGCCAUUUUGCAACUCAGCGAAGAUACCAAUCAGGUUAUUGCUGCUUCCUCCUCCCUUUCUUACAAGCUUUCUUUUGGCUCUAACGAAUAUCAGGUGAAAAUAGAAUGGAGCCCAUUACUUCCGGAUUCAUGGCUCAAAGAAAAGCCAACGUCAGAAUCAUUAUCUCGAGAAGAGAUGUUUGUGAAAGAGCGAAGAAGAAUGGGGUUGCAGGGUAUAACUAGUUUUCAGUUUGAACCUAAUAGUGGACAGAUAUUGUUCAGUUAUGGCAGUGGGAUAUAUUUAGGACAGGGAAUAGAAUUUAAUCCGUAUCCAAUAAUACCUUACUCGAGUUGUCCCGUGAUAUAUCAAAGCAGCAUGACCAAUACACCAUUACAACAUAUGUCACAGAUCAACUCUACUCCGUCUUCAUAUUCACCUAGUUCCUCCAUACCACCCUCCUAUUGUUCGACAUCUUCGAAUUUUUCUGCUCCUCCUCGGCUUGACCCCAAGCUAGGUGGACGGAAUAACAACUUGAUCGCCUUCAUACGCGAUCGAGAUAUAUGGGUAACUACUCUAGGCGGAUCCGAAACACAAUUAACAUUCUGCAAUGAUCAUGAUCCCGAUGGUUCCGCUGCUUUGAGCUGUGGCGUGGCAGAAUUUGUUAUGCAGGAAGAAUUCCACCGAUUCACCGGUUACUACUGGGCUCCAUCAUCAUCUGAUACUUACAAGAAAGAUGAUGCCGAACGAAUACUAUACAUACAAGUAUCUGAAUCAAUGGUGGAUUUAGUGGUAAUUCCGCGACCAGGACCGCAAGCUGAAAUGGACGAAUACCGUUAUCCUAGAGCUGGCACUCAAAAUGCUCUGUGUAAUUUACAAAUCGUCGAAUUUAUUCCGCAGUAUGAUGAUGAGGAGGUAGUCACAUGCGGCCCAACUCAUAAACGUCUGUGGGGAUCUUUUGCACUUAAUAAACUAUUUCCAUGGAUGGAAUAUAUUGUUCGGUUUGGAUGGUUUCCUAGUGGAAAUAGUGUUUGGGUGCAGCUCCUUGACCGUCUCCAACAACGAACAGCUAUUGUCAAAAUUGCACUCUGUAAUUUUAUGAGUCUUGUGGAAUACCAAAAUUGCACGCCAGAAAUCGAAGAAUUGUAUCGAGGAUUUAUCGAAGUCAUUUUUGAAGAGCGAAAUCAUAUAUGGAUAAAUGUAACCGAGAUUUAUUAUUUCUUCAACGAAGAUGAUAAUCAAUCCUUGAACAACAACACCACCACCACGAAUAAGCAUGAAUCGUCAUGGCCACACCUUAAAUCAUCACGCACAAAACUCAUAGUAUCAUCAGAGCGCAGCGGAUUCCGUCAUCUAUAUCUUGUGACAAAGCCAUCGAUACAUUCACCCAAUUAUCAUGUUCGAGCAAUAACAUGCGGCGAGUGGCCAGUUAUCGAUCGACCAAUUUACGUGGAUACACGACGAGAGCUUGUUUAUUUCAUGGCGAGAAAAGACACACCAUUGGAAACACAUCUAUACGUAGCAAGUUUCUCGGAGAUGUCAAAUCCUAACGAGAUAAUACGAUUGACCGAUUUAGGAUAUAGUCAUGUAAUUGUGAUGGAUGAACAUUGCCACCGAUUUUUAGACUGGUUUUCUAGUUUGAGCGAAAAACCGAAAUGUGGUGUUCGUUAUUUAGAAUGGGAAAAAGGGGGAAGAAUAUUUCCUAGUGUGAGCCAAAAGAAGGGUGUUUUCAUUAAGGGGGCAACUGAUAUUGAAUCUUUGGGGGAAAAGGGAGAUGAAAAUGAUCCAACUUCACCUAUAGGAAAAUUUUUCGAGUUUCUUGAUAAGGAUGGUGUGGUUAUAUAUGGAUGCGUAUAUCAUCCAGAUAAUUAUAUACCCGGUAAAAAAUACCCGACGCUAUUGAGUAUUUACGGAGGACCAAAAUCACAGAUGGUAACAAAUGAUUACAAGUUUCCCCGAUAUCUCCGUCUGUUUCUUGCGGCCAGACUCGGUUUUACCGUGGUAUUAAUCGACGGACGAGGCUCAUCGGAUCGCGGCCUCUAUUUUGAAGGAUACCUGAAAAAUCGCAUGGGCUCAGUCGAAUUAGAAGAUCAAAUCGCCGGUCUACAAUACUUGGCUGAGAGAAAUAUGGGUGUCGACUUGGAUCGAGUCGCCAUUACCGGGUGGAGUUAUGGCGGUUAUCUGAGUCUGAUGGCACUUGCACAGUAUCCUCAAUUCUUCAAAAUAGCGAUUGCUGGCGCGCCUGUAACACAAUGGGAGUUGUACGAUACCGCGUACACUGAACGGUAUAUGGGCAUGCCGUCAGAGAAUGUUGAAGGAUAUCGGAAAGGAAGUGUGUUAAAUUGGGCUGAUAAGUUUCCAGAUGGUGAAAACCGAUUAUUAAUUGUACAUGGACAAAUCGACGAAAAUGUCCAUUAUAAGAAUUCAGAGUUAUUAGUUUCAGCGCUAGUCAAAAUCAAUAAGCCGCAUGUUCUACAAUCUUAUCCUACAGAACGACAUGGUCUACGACACGCGAAUGUGGCAGAGCAUUUUGAAACAUUAAUGUUUUUUUGGCUGAUAAAUUAUUUAUAG